AUGUUCAGAACUGCUAUAAGGAAUACCUUCUCAAAAAGAUACAACUCCUCGUUUAGAUUCAAAAGAUGGGCAGAAUUGACGACGGCUGAGAAACAGAAAUUCGUUACAGACUUUGUUGAGAACUAUAAAAAACAGUACCCUGGAUCCAAGACCAAUGUUUCAUUGAGGGGACUCGCGAUGGAUAUGGAGAGAUAUAAUGAUGCCCCUUCUGUUUUUGGUAUCUUUUAUAACGAUAUUUGGGAAAUCACAAAGGCAAGAAAAGAAUCUUUGUAUGGUGGGAAACAGAUUGAUAGGAGAAACUUGAUUAAAGAUUAUGGUAGAUUUGGACAUGAAACAUUUCACGAACUCUUGAUCGAUUGA